CUUAUAAGGUGGCUUACAGUUCUAUUAUAUGUGAAGUGACACUUGGAGGAAAUCAUACUAUUUUUACUCUAUUAGAAAGGGUUUGUGCAAAAUUAAAUUUAGACGUUAAAGAAUAUGAACUUUGCGUUCUUGGCGUCACUGCUAAAACAGUGGAUACUUUGGGUUCAAUAAGUUCGAAUGCUCGCCAUCAAUUAAGUUUAAGAAAGAGACUGAAAUUAUUAGAAGAAACUAAUAUUGAAGUGGCUUUAAAACUUAUUGAGCAGCCUGUUAUGGUUGAUCUUUUUGAACCAGGAACAACUUUGUUUCAAAUAUUAUGUCAUUUUGAACCUAUUGAGUUUGCGUCCAGUAGAUUUUUAGAUCUUAAUAGAAGCACCAAAUUAGGAGAUCUUUCCCAAGGAUUUAUCUGUUCAACCAAAUUUAUUAAUCUGGUUGUACAAAGAAAGGUGUUUUCUCUUCCUGAAGACAUUGUAUAUACAAGUUUACGCUCGUUAGGCUUAUUUUCUGGAAGAGUAUACAUUAGACUAUUACUUGUUGACGGCGCGAACACCUUUACCGGAACGCCGUGCGACUAUUAUAAGAAGCUAAUUAAGCUGAGCUAUUGCUUUAGUAAUUGCACUGAUGUCAAAGUUUCAUCAAAAGAAUCACAAGAAAGUUUUGCCCAAAAGUCUAUAAAUAGUUUGACACCCUUAGUUGACAUCAAAGCGAAAAGGACGAAUGACGUAGAAGGUGGCAACUCUAUAGCCCACGCUCAAAGCAACUAUAAUGGGGGGGCCGCAGAGUGCGUUUCGGACCCCCUUAUGGAAACGAGAACUCCUAGCCAAAGUAAGACGGAAGAACCGCCUCAACUACAUUCCGAAUUGCAAAGACUUGUUUACUUUGAAACUUCAACAGCCUCCUCCGCGUCAGCUUUGAACAUCCCCGAUUCUUUUUUUGAGCUUACUGAGGACGAUCUUCGACUCUACCAAGUUUUACUUUCAGAAAAGGCCUCUAAUACUAAUAAGAAGGUCGAAGAUAGUAUCGGGCCAUCCAAAACAUCUUUAAGAAUACGAUUUAGCGAAAGCGAAGUUAUGCAAGCAUGCUUUCUCUCGAGCGAGCUCGUCCAAUCCUUGUUCGACCUUGUGGCUCAGCACGUGGAGCCUGUCGAGCAAAUUAUUCCAACGACCGAGACUGAUUGUGGUCUCCUUCCAGCAGCCACCCUUUUUUUUAAGAGCGGUGAUACUUAUUCGUUGCGACUUAAAGAAUCUUUUAAAAAUGAGUAUCUUUGCACUUGCACAGAAGCCAACCGACUGACUUUAGAUGUGCAUGAAAAGGCUGCCCCCAUUUUACCGUCCUCUUCUACUUCCCCUUCUUCGAAGCUAGUGGCGCGUGCUUGUAAUUGGUUUAAGUUUUCCAAAAAUUAA